AUGGUACUCUUAAUCCCCGCUGCUCGGGCGGCCGGCUUAGUGUGCGCCAUCGGAAUUUCCUCCGUCUUGGACUCACACUUGGCACAUGCACAAGGACUUUGCAUGGCAGUCACAGUGUCGGGACAUGCCGGUAUUCAUGAUAACAUCGAUGAUGCGUAG